AUGGAGGAAAGACUUGUAGAAAUGGAAGAGAUAAUGAAGAGACUUACCACAGAAGUUGACUCACUGCGAAAGGAGAAUGAGGCUCUCAAGUCACGAAAUGGGCCGUCGGGAGAGGAUGCGACACGCAAUCAGGUUGACAGGGUAGAUAUGGAGGCGAACAGUGCGGGUGUUGGAAAAGGCCACCAGGAGGACGAGGAAACGAAGAGGCUGCACCACGACGUGUGCAGCCUGAUGGAUAAAUAUGAAGAGAUGGCCAAGAAGAUAGGAACGUCUUCUUCGGUCCACCAGUUGUUGUCCAACACAAAUCUGUCAUUCUCUGCUGAAAUAAUGGCAAUGCCUCUACCUCCAAAAUUCAAAAUCUCGUUGGUAGAUCUAUAUGACGGCUCCAAAGAUCCCGUGGAGUAUCUUGAAACUUUCAAAACCCAUAUGACAUUUCACAGAUCCCAGGGAGAAGUUGCGUGUGACGCUUUCGCUUUGACUCUAAAGGGGUCGACGAGAGGAUGGUUCGGAACACUGCAACCAGGUUCGAUACAAAGUUUUGACAAAUUGGGACAGCAGUUCUUAACACAAUUUAUGGCAAGUAGAAGGCACAGAAGACCAGCCACGUAUAUACUAACUAUCAAGCAGAGAAGGGAUGAAAGCCUGAAAGCAUAUCUGGCGAACUUUAACAAGGAAAAGAUGGCAGCUGAUGAUCAAGACGAGAAGAUUAUGUUGGUGGCAUUACUCGGGGGUGUUUGGCCAAGUAGCCCUUUUAUGGCUGAACUGGCCAGGAAAAUCCCUUCCACGCCACGAGAGUUCAUGGACAAGGCCAAUAAUUUCGUUAAUGCUGAAGAUACACUUAUCGCCCUAACAACCCGUGAUGAAGGAGCGAAUGGGAACCAGGAGGAAUUAAGAGGAAGGACAGAGAAGGGGGUCAGAAGGCAAGAAGAGUCCAACAGGAGCAGAGGCAUGCUAGCAAUUUGA